AUUGCCUUUCAACUGUUCCCCUCCAUUGUGGAUUCCAAUUAGCUGCUUCUACAUAGCUAGUCACCUGUCAAGCACAAAUAUGCCUUUUUGUUUCCAUAAACUUCUCUUAUGCAUUCCCCUAAACAUACCCUUUUGCUGCCUUAAAUUCCUCAUAACUCAAAAGCUUUCCCUACACUUGAACUUAAGGUUUCUCUAUCCAACUUGUAUUUUUCUCUUCCAACAAGCACAAGAAGAUGAGUUUUGAGGAGAAACCAGUAUCAGUUGGACCAUGGGGUGGGAAUGGAGGAUACCGUUGGGAUGAUGGUGUAUAUUCGACGGUUAGGCAAUUGGUGAUAGUUCAUGGGGAAGGAAUUGACUCAAUUCAGAUUGAAUAUGACAAGCAAGGGAGUUCUAUCUGGUCAUUGAAGUAUGGUGGAAGUGGAGGCUAUAAAAUUGACAAGAUCAAGCUUGAUUACCCAGAGGAGUUCCUAACAUCAGUUGAUGGAUACUAUGGUAGCUUAAAUCAAUGGGGACCAAUCUUCAUUCGGUCACUUAGUUUUGAGAGCAACAAGAAACUCUAUGGACCAUUUGGAGUUGAACAAGGGACAUAUUUUUCGUUGCCAAUGACAGGUGGCAAGAUUAUUGGGUUCCAUGGCAGGUACGGUUGGCACCUCGAUGCCAUUGGAGUCAAUGUGAAGUCCUCUCAGCAACAAAAGCCUUCCAAAGCUUUGUCUUUUUCACAGAACUACAUGACUAACACCAAUGACAAUGCUAGUUAUUCUGUAAUACAAGGAAGUGUUGGCCAAGGCUAUGAUAUUGUUCUUGCUUUAAAACAGAAAGAUGAUUUUGGAAAAUCUCCAACCGUCAAGAUUUCUAGCUUCAAAGAACCAAACAAUGUUGAACCAAAAGAAAAGGUAGUUUUCGUGGAGAAGGUACCACCAAUGGUUGAAGGUGUAGUGACAUAUGGGCCUUGGGGUGGCACAGGUGGAUAUGUGUUUGAUGAUGGACCCUACACAGGAGUUAGGCAAAUUGACAUGUCCCGCAAUGUUGGAAUUGUCUGGAUUAGAGCUUUGUAUGAUCUGGAUGGAGAGCCUGUAUGGGGAUACAAACAUGGUGGGGCAGGAGGAUUCAAACAUGAAAAGAUAAUCUUUGAUUUUCCAUAUGAAGUUCUCACACAUAUAUCUGGCUACUAUGGAUCUCUGAUGUACAUGGGGCCUGCUGUUAUAAGGUCACUUACUUUCCACACCACCAAAAGGCCCUAUGGACCAUUUGGAGAUGAAUAUGGAACUUAUUUCACAACAAAGCUGAGAGAAGGGAAGGUUGUGGGUAUUCAUGGAAGAAGUGGCUUAUUUCUAGAUUCUCUCGGUGUGCAUGCUAUAGAAGGAAAAGUAAUAGUGCCUGUGGCAACAGCUCCUUCCAUGGAAAUCAUCUCAAAAGAACCAAAUAUUUCUGAAAUAGACAAUCCUCAACGGCCAGUUGUUGCCAAACCAGCCCCUAUUGAACAGGCUUCGCGUUGUGUGAUUAAAGAACCAGCUCCAUGUGGACCAGGUCCAUGGGGUGGGGAUGGAGGUAGACCCUGGGAUGAUGGAGUCUUUUCUGGGAUUAAGCAGAUUUAUAUGACAAAAGCACCUGAAGGCAUUUGCUCGAUUCAGAUUGAGUACGACAGAUAUAAGCAAUCUGUAUGGUCUGUAAAACAUGGUGGUAAUGGAGGAAAUACCAUGCAUCGGAUAAAACUGGAGUACCCAAAUGAGGUUCUCACUUGCAUAUCUGGCUAUUAUGGUUCAAUCACCGCUGAUGAACAACCUAUAAUCAUAAAGUCACUCACAUUCCAUACUAGUCGAGGACAGUAUGGUCCUUUUGGUGAUGAAGUAGGGAAAUAUUUCACUUCAACCACAACAGAGGGCAAGGUGGUUGGUUUGCAUGGGAGGAGUAGCAUGUAUUUGGAUGCAAUUGGGGUCCAUAUGCAACACUGGCUAGGAGGAAUUCAGAAAACUUCAAAGUUAUCCUUCUUCAAGCUAUUUUGAUUUGUGAAGAACAAUAAUUAAUGAAUGUGUAGAGUGAUGAGAUGAUAUAGCAUGAUUACUUGUAUACUAUCUAAAUAAUGUUUGGUGAAUGUUCUAGCCAACUUAAGAUUUGUUAUACAAAGUGAAUAAUGCUGGCGAUAAUUUCUUUCA